AUGCUCAGGGAACUUAGUGAGAAUCUCAAGGAAAUUGCGGACGACGUGGGCCAGCAACAAACUCCCAACAGUGUAGAAGAGCCCCUGAAUCUUAUCAGGCUCAGCCUGGAUGAGCAAAUGUCUGUGAAAAUGAGAAAUUGAGAGCUUUAAGGUAGAUUAUACGUAGAUCAACAUUUAAAUAUGAUAUUGGGAGAUGUGGGAGAAACUGUGACUACUAUAGAAAUUGAUGAAGAAAUAUAUAAAGAGAUAUAUAAGUCAACAAAAUGGAAUAUUCCAAUGCUUUUUGUCUGGGAAGAUGGUGUUGUGCUAGUUGCCCCUUCACUGAGAGUUAGUUGA